AUAGGAUCCCUUGACUUUGAGACAAUUUCGAAGCUGUCACAUGCAGUCACAUCACGGUCUCUUUUUGUGAUAUGGGUCAGGCUUUCGCUGAUCCCGCUCGGAGGUGCACUGUGAGCCAGCGCUACCCCGGUCUCUCUUCAGCGGAUAAAAUAUAAAGGUAUCGUAUCAUACCAUCAUCUCGCGACCUCCCAAUGGCCAUCUACCAAGCGACUACCUCUGCGCCCGUCAACAUUGCUUGUAUAAAGUACUGGGGAAAACGGGACACCAAACUCAUCCUACCCACCAACUCUUCGCUCUCAGUGACACUUGACCAGGACCACCUUCGGUCGACGACGACGUCGCGCGCAGACCCAUCGUUCCAGAAGGACACACUAUGGCUAAAUGGAAAGGAAGAGCUGAUAAAGGACGGCGGCAGAAUGGCGACUUGCAUCGCUGAACUGAAGCGCCUUCGAAAAGAACUUGUCGAAGACAAGGAUCCGGAUGCACCCAAACUAUCGACAUUUCCCGUCCACAUAUCGUCGUUCAACAACUUCCCGACUGCCGCCGGCCUGGCAUCCUCAGCGUCUGGCUUUGCUGCUCUCGUCUCCUCCAUCGCAACCCUCUACGCCCUCCCUUGUGACGCCUCUGCCCUAUCCUUGAUUGCCCGACAAGGCUCCGGUUCAGCCUGCCGCUCCCUCUUUGGCGGAUACGUCGCCUGGGAACAAGGGACCUCCCCCACCGGUGAAGACUCCUACGCUAUUCAAAUCGCUCCCCAAUCCCACUGGCCCGAUAUUCAUGCCCUUAUUUGCGUCGUUUCCGAUGACAAGAAGGGCACCUCCUCGACUUCAGGCAUGCAGCGCACUGUCGAGACCUCUCCUCUCCUGCAGCAUCGCAUCAAGCAUGUCGUCCCUCAACGCAUGGCAGACAUCUCCAAGGCUAUCCUUGAGCGCGACUUUGAUACGUUCGCAAAGAUCACGAUGGCCGAUUCUAAUCAGUUUCAUGCUGUUGCUCUCGACACGGAGCCGCCGAUCUUUUACAUGAACGAUGUCUCCAAAGCUAUCAUCGCACUGGUCGUGGAGUAUAACCGUGUGGCAGUACUCAAGACCGGGAAGGUCAAGGCUGCUUAUACAUAUGAUGCGGGUCCGAACGCGGUUAUUUAUACACCAAAGGAGAACGUCAAGGAAAUCGUGCAGAUGAUUGUCAAAUACUUCCCUCAAAGAGAGGCCUUCAAAGAUGUAUUUGGGAUCUUUGGUACGCAAGGUGUGCAAGGCGCCGUCGUGGACGGAUUCAAUGAGGCGGUGGCGAAGUCUUUUGAUAUCGGAGCCGUGAAGGGGCUCAUUCACACGAAAGUUGGCGAUGGACCGAGAGUGUUGGGUGAAGAAGAAGCGUUGCUUGGCCCUGAUGGGAUUCCAAAAACGCUGGCAUGACUUCAUUCGUAGGUAUCUUAUUGGAAAGUUGUAUUGACCUUAGAAAUGUAAACAGAGCAAGAGUUUUAUUUCUGCUAUCGGAUCCGUCAUUCCGAUCAAGAAGAUGAAAUGCACGUGCAUUGCCAGUCUCGCUGGCCGUCCGUUCAUCGUACUUCGAUUACUUGGCAGGUCAUGUCGCCCUAAGUAUUGAGACUACCAAGUUGGCAGCGGUAUUCGGAACUGUUGCGUUACUAUUUUCAGUUUGAUGGAUGCUAGUCUUGCUGGGUAGUUGUUGAUCCUUCCGAUACUGUCAGUCUCCAUUUUCAACAAAGGCUUGGUCCGUCCCUGCG